UUUUUAUCUCUUUAAUAAAGAGAAAAAUAAUUAUCAAACAAAUCUGGAAUAAAUUUUCGAAGAUCAUGCAGAAAAAAUAUGUUUCACGAUUUUAUUAUUUACAUUUUACAUGAUUAAAUUCAACUUUGAGAUAUCAAGAUAUUUGCAUGCCAAGACAAAUUGUUACAUGACAACAUAAUUUAACUGGGAAAGGAUUUCCAAACAGGCCAAUCAAAUAAUUUAUAUGGAUAAUACUUGGUCUGGAUUUUUUAUUCCAUGUAUAAAAAAUGGUAUUAUUAAAAAUUUGAUCCCGAGUCUCGUGGAUGUCUUGGCAUUUUUCUUUUUGAAUAUUUACUCAGUGAUUAGAUACACAUUUUCUUUUAACUUUAUUUAUAUAAAAUUUGGGCGCAAUUGAUCCUUUCCUUGAUAAAUCAUAGGCAUUUUGUUCAUCCAUACCAAUUGGAUGAAUGGCCACGCGAGAAAUAAAAUAAAUAAUUCGAUUAAAUCGAUUAAGAAAAACAAAUAAAUAUUGUUUUUCGGGUUUAGUCGUAAAACGGCGAAAUACUAAAUCUUUAUCCGUAUAUCAUGUAAGAAAAUGAGAUCCGAUAAAAAAGAAAAAAAAAAAAAA